UUAUUAUUAUUAUUGCUCUGCCGCCGAAACAAGGUUUACACGUGAGAGAGCGCUCCUCCGCAGUUGAUAGCCUCUUGCUGCCGAUCGCUCAUCCAAGGUCUCAACAUGUACACUGCAUUGCAGAAGAUUCACAAGGAUAAGGAUGUUGAGCCAUCCGAAUUUGAGGAGUCUGUUGCCCAUGCAUUGUUUGAUUUGGAGAACACUAACCAAGAUCUAAAGAGUGAUUUGAAGGACCUAUUCAUAAACUCUGCUGUUCAGAUUGAUGUAUCUGGAAACCGCAAAGGUGUUGUGAUCCAUGUCCCAUAUAGGCUAAGGAAAGCCUACCGGAAGAUACAUCUAAGGCUUGUCAGGGAGCUCGAGAAGAAGUUCAGUGGCAAGGAUGUUGUGGUAGUUGCCACACGAAGU